AUGGCCUCCACUCGUGUCCUCGCCUCCAGACUCGCCACUCAGAUGGCCACCAAGGCCGCCCGCCCUGCGGUGCGCGUCUCUGCCAUGCCCAAGCGCACCAUCACUGGCUUCUCCAGCCCCCUCCAGGCUGUCAAGCGCCAGCAGGCCACCACCAUCAAGUCCUCCAAGGUCUUCACCCAGGUCCAGGCCAAGCGCGCCUACUCUUCUGAGAUCGCCCAGGCCAUGGUCGAGGUCUCCAAGAACUUGGGUAUGGGUUCCGCCGCCAUCGGUCUUACCGGUGCUGGUAUCGGUAUCGGUCUGGUCUUCGCCGCCCUCCUCAACGGUGUUGCCCGCAACCCUGCCCUCCGUGGCCAGCUCUUCUCCUACGCCAUUCUUGGCUUCGCUUUCGUCGAGGCCAUCGGUCUUUUCGACCUCAUGGUUGCCCUCAUGGCCAAGUUCACGUAA